AUGGCUGGCCUGCAGGACAACACUCUGAGGAUUGUACUGGUGGGGAAAACCGGAAAUGGAAAAAGUGCAACAGCAAACUCCAUCCUUGGGAGAAGAGUAUUUGAAUCUAAAAUUUCUGCCCAUGCUGUCACCAAGGGCUGUCAGAAAGCAGAGCGACAUUGGAAGGGGAGAAACCUUCUUGUUGUGGACACCCCAGGGCUCUUUGACACCCAGGAGACAUUGAAGACCACCUGUGAGCAAAUCAGCAAGUGUGUCCUCUUCUCCUGCCCUGGGCCCCACACUAUCAUCCUGGUUCUACGAAUGGGCCGCUACACGGAGGAGGAGCAGAAAACGGUUAAAUUGCUCAAGACCAUCUUUGGGGAAGAGGCCAUGAAGUACAUGAUCAUCUUGUUCACUCGCAAAGAUGAGUUGGGUGAUCAGACCCUGAAUGACUUUUUAGCAGAGGAAAACAACCUGCAACGCACCAUCAAGGAGUGUGAGAACCGCUGCUGUGCCUUCAAUAACCAACAAAGUGCAGAUGAGGCUGAGAAGGAAGCUCAAGUGCAGGAGCUGGUGGAGAUGAUAGAGAAAAUGGUGCAGAGAAAUGGAGGGGCUCACUUUUCUGAUACCAUUUACAAGGACGUAGUGGAGAAGCUUCAACGUGAGGCAGAGGCCUUGAAGAUGAUCUAUGAAGAUCAAUUAGAUAAGGAAACUAAAUUAGUUGAAGAGCAAUAUGAUCAGAAAAAAAUAUCACAGCAAGAAAUGGAGGAGAAGAUAAAAAUCUUAUUGGAGAACUAUAAUGAAAAAAUUAAAAAUAUACAGGAAGAAGCUGGAAGAAAUAUAUUUAAAAAUGUUGUACAUGAGAUUUUGUGUAUACUUUCAAGGAUAUGGAGUAAGUUUUGGAAAUAA